AUGGAGGCUCAGGGUAUAGCAGCACUCACAGGGGCAUUGAAAUGCACAGGGAGAAUGACUCAAGAAGUGACUCAGCCAGAGGAGAGGCUGGCAGCCAUCCAUAACUGGGUAGAUGGGUGGGAUGCACCUGGGCCAACAUCUACUCAUGGUGGCAAUAUGUGGACAAGCACAGGAUCAUCAUACCUGACAUUGAUGGCCAUGCACUUCUGGGGGCUGACCAAGCAACAAUUUGACAUCAAUGACCUCUUCAAGGAUUACCAGGAGAGGGUCAAAGAGAGGGCAUGGUGCAAGGCAGAGAGGCUAGCCAAGGACCCAAUGCAACAAGAGGCAAUGGUCAAGACCACAGGCCAGGCAACACAGAAGCAGGAGGAUUGUUGGGAGGAGCUGUGCACUUGA